ACAGCGGCGGUUCCCUCUGUGCGCAGCGUCGCUGACAGCUUACCGCAUUUGUUUUAAGCGUUUUUAAGUUGUCUUUUCUCCCGAGUACAAAACACAUUUAACUUCGCCACCGCUGCAGCACCAAAAUCAAAGGGCAGCAGACGACUCUUAUCAGGAAAUCAAGGUGGUGUCUCCUGGCACGGGCAGUAUGUCUUCCUCCACAGACACGGAGGUGAAGGUGCUGAGUCCUGUGGACUUCAUCCAGCUGCAGCAGUACAUCGACUACUGCAGGCUGAAGGUGAAAGACGUGAUGAAGGAGUUCGACGCGGACGGCCGCUUGGCCCAGCACAGGCACGGAGAGUGCAUCAACGAAGACGGCUUCCGCCUCUUCCUCAAAGAGUUCCUAGAAGUGGAGGAUUUCCCAGCAGACCUCUGCCAGCGCCUCUUCCGCUCCUUCCAGAACUCAGAACACACGGGACCGGACGGGACCGGGCCUCCCGCCGAAAGGGAGGUCUUUCUGAAGGACGUGUCUUGUUACUUCUCGCUGCUCGAGGACGGACAGCCUCGUGACAAACUGGAAUUCACCUUCAAACUCUACGACAAGGAUGGCAACGGGCUCCUGGACAGCUCAGAGGUGGAUCGGAUUAUCGCUCAGAUGAUGCACGCAGCAGAUUAUCUGGGCUGGGAUGUGACGGAGCUCCGGCCGGUGCUGAAGGACAUGAUGACCGCCAUCGAUUCGGACGGCAACGGCACGGUCUCCCUGCAGGAGUGGAUCGAAGGCGGGAUGAACAAUGUGCCGCUGCUGGUGCUGCUGGGUCUGAAGAUGACCCAAAAGGACGGGCAGCACCUUUGGAGGAUGAAGCAUUUCAACAAGCCAGUCUACUGCAACGUGUGCCAAAGCAUGCUUCUGGGACUGCGCAAGCAGGGACUCUGCUGCACCUGCUGUAAAUACAUUGUCCAUGGGCGUUGUGCCAACAAGAACCCUUCUCCCUGCACCCGCACCUACGUCAAAUCGAAAAAAGAGACUGGGGUGGCAGCUCACGACUGGGUCGCCGGGAACUGCGACUCGGGCAAGUGCGACAGGUGCCAGAAGAAAAUCAGGAGCCUGCACGGGCUGACGGGCAAGCGCUGCGUGUGGUGCCACACCAUGCGCCACGACGAGUGUGUGACCCAGGAGCCGUUGGAGUGUAACUGCGGGCCUUUGAGGGACCACAUUCUGCCUCCCUGGGCCAUCUACCCAGUCAUCAAGGAGAGAGACAGUUUGAAGAACGGCUGCGGCGGUGGUGUGGACGACAGCGAGCUGCAGAACACCACCCCUGACGGGCAGGUUCUCGUGAUCAGUCCUGUCCCGGACACGCACCCCCUCCUGGUGUUCGUGAACCCCAAGAGCGGAGGCAAGCAGGGAGAGAGAGUCCUGCGCAAAUUCCAGUAUCUGCUGAACCCACGGCAAGUGUACAAUCUCUCCAAUGGAGGGCCUGGACCAGGGCUCCACUUCUUCAGGAACCUGCUGGACUACAGGAUCUUGGUAUGUGGUGGGGAUGGCACUGUCGGCUGGAUUCUCGACGCUAUAGAUAAGGCUAACCUGCUGGUGCGCCCCCCGGUGGCCGUGCUGCCGCUGGGCACAGGAAAUGACCUGGCGCGCUGCCUCAGAUGGGGCGGAGGGUAUGAUGGGAUGGACCUGGGGCGGAUCCUGAAGGAGAUCGAGGGCAGCUCCCAGGUGCUGAUGGACCGAUGGAGCAUCCAGGUGAUCCCCGAGGACAGCCAGGAGAGGGGGGACCCCGUGCCGUACGAGAUCAUCAACAACUACUUCUCUAUCGGCGUGGAUGCCUCGAUUGCCCAUCGGUUUCACAUGAUGCGGGAGAAACACCCCCAGAAGUUCAACAGCAGAAUGAAGAAUAAGCUGUGGUACUUUGAGUUCGCUACCUCUGAGACCAUUUCUGCCACCUGCAAGAAGCUGAAAGAGUGUCUCACGAUUGAGUGCUGUGGGAUCCCCCUUGAUUUGAGUGGGCUCUCUCUGGAGGGCGUCGCCAUCCUCAACAUUCCCAGCAUGCAUGGCGGCUCCAACCUCUGGGGCGAGACCAAGAAGGCAGACAGCAAGGGCUCGGACGACCAGCAGCUGCCGGAGGUCAUCGUGGACCCGGAUGUCCUCAAAAUGAGCGCUCAAGACAUGAGCGACAAGCGGCUGGAGGUGGUGGGGCUGGAGGGGGCCAUCGAGAUGGGGCAGAUCUACACCGGGCUGAAGAGCGCUGGACGCCGGCUGGCCAAAACUUCACAGAUCACCAUCAGGACAAAUAAACCAUUGCCAAUGCAGAUUGAUGGGGAGCCAUGGAUGCAGCCACCCUGCACAAUCCACAUAACGCACAAGAACCAGGCCAGCAUGUUGAUGGCUCCCCCUGCCAGAUCGUCCAGCUUCUUCAACCUCAAGUAGAAUCCCGCUGCCCCACCGGACCACAGCAGAGAGACAGAAAUGCUUCAUCCGUGCAUUCACAUUGUACAUCUAAAGGAAUCUGAAGCCGCCUUGCUUGUGAAAGCUGCCUGUGUGUAUCAAGAGAAAACAUUAAGCAAGGUUUCCAGAGCCUGUCUGCAUCACAUUACCGAACCAGUGUAGGGCCCUCUUCUGGGGAGGGGAAGAAAAGAAAAGAAUUAUCAAAGCUUGCAGGCCGUAUUGCUUGGGCUAGCCCAAAACUCAGUUCUUGCACAUCAGACUCAGUACUUUGGAAGGUACUGUAGUGUAGUUUCAGUGUGAUUUUUAGGUCUGCCAGUUUCAUGUUUAGCUUCUACCUUCAAGGAAGACAUUAUUGACCAAAGUUGUGCUGUCAUCCUGGCUACAGUGUUGUACACUGUCCACAACAGAAGAGGCUUCUGCUUACUGUAACUUAGAAAACUGAAUGUUUCAUUCUGUAUUUUAAAGCCCUAUUCAAUAUUUUAAAUUUAGCUGUCAUUUUUUGUGAUCUGUAAAUUCCUCGCCAUAAAUCUAAGUUACACAAAACAGACAUAUUUGACUUGGACUGCCAUAGGACCCAAACUACUUAUUUAUUGCCUGUUUGUUAACUUGUACAUUUUAAGAAUCCCUUCCCAAAUCCUGAGAAAGAUGAUUAUGUCCUACUGAUUAGAUCUGUUAAUUUAAAUAAAGA